GGCGGCCAUGGCUCAUAUCAGCUGUCCACUUGACAGUUAAUGCAUUGUUUACGCGGCUGUAAGAUUUUCUAUACAAAGUGGAAUUACUGCGUUUUUUCAACAUUAAAAGUUGCUUCUAGAUUAAAACCGUUUGAUAAUAAUGUUAAGUGCUGGGAGGUCGAUCUCGCUUUAAAGUCUUCCCUGUUUGUAGUGAUCCACCCGCGAGCAUAUGCACCUUGAACUUGGCAGGGACUUAUGUUUGGUUUCUCAGUAGCGUUUAUCAUCCUCUAACGUAAUAUUGCGAAUUGAUAAGUUCUUUUCUAGAUAGACAGUUCCUAAAACGCACCAAUCACAAUGGAAACGGAUGAUGUUAAGGCGUCAAGCAGCAGUGCAAUGUCAACCUUGGGCACAUUGUUUUCAUUUACGAGUCCCGCGGUUAAAAAACUACUCGGAUGGAAACAAGGUGACGAAGAAGAAAAGUGGGCGGAGAAAGCAGUAGACAGUCUUGUGAAGAAGCUAAAGAAACGGAAAGGAGCUAUUGAAGAUCUAGAGAGAGCUCUAUCAUGUCCAGGCCAACCAUCAAAAUGUGUGACAAUUCCCCGUUCAUUGGAUGGAAGAUUACAAGUAUCACAUCGCAAAGGAUUGCCACAUGUCAUUUAUUGCCGUGUAUGGCGUUGGCCUGACCUGCAGUCACAUCAUGAGUUGAAACCCAUCGAAAGUUGUCAAUAUCCAUUCAGUGCGAAGCAAAAGGACGUAUGUAUAAAUCCUUAUCACUACAAACGUGUCGAAAGCCCAGUACUUCCACCGGUACUUGUGCCCCGGCAUUCGGAAUUCGCCCCUGGCCAUUCACUUCUGCAAUUUCAAACACAAAUGUGCGAGCCCAAUAUGCCGCAUAAUGUUAGCUAUUCAUCGUCCGGAUUUAACUCGCAAAUUAGUCCAACUAGUCCGGCUAUGACAUCUGUCGGAAGCCCCAGUUCGGUUAAUUCCAAUCCAACAAGUCCUUAUGGAAGUUUAGCUGAAACACCGCCUCCGGCCUACAGUCCGCCCGAAGACUCAAAUUCAAAUAAUCAAACAGAAGGAGCAACUCCCAUGGACGCUCCAAUGGAAGUGGCUCCCGUUAGCUAUUCGGAACCAUUGUUUUGGGCAAGCAUUGCAUAUUAUGAACUGAAUUGUCGUGUCGGAGAGGUUUUCCAUGCAAAUUCGAAUUCCUUGAUUGUUGACGGUUUCACGAAUCCAUCGAACAACUCGGAUCGUUUUUGUCUAGGCCAGUUGAGCAAUGUCAACCGCAACAGUACGAUUGAGAAUACGCGGCGUCACAUCGGUAAAGGUGUUCACCUGUACUAUGUAGCGGGCGAAGUAUAUGCUGAGUGCUUGUCCGAUUCAGCUAUUUUUGUACAAUCGCGCAACUGCAACUAUCAUCAUGGUUUUCAUCCCUCGACCGUCUGCAAAAUCCCUCCCGGCUGUUCCUUGAAAAUUUUCAAUAAUCAAGAAUUUGCUCAACUACUUUCGCAAUCAGUAAAUCAUGGAUUCGAGGCAGUUUUCGAGUUGACAAGGAUGUGCACGAUACGGAUGAGCUUUGUGAAAGGAUGGGGAGCUGAAUAUCAUCGACAGGAUGUCACCUCCACACCGUGCUGGAUUGAAAUUCAUCUGCACGGUCCGCUUCAGUGGCUUGAUAAAGUGCUCACCCAAAUGGGGUCACCACAUAACGCCAUAAGUUCAGUAUCUUAAGGAGUUCUAUUUUUGUUUAUUAGCUUCUGUCUAUUCAUUACGCACGCUUUCACAAGCUAUUAGCCAAUUUAAAAAUAUUCAAGGUGAGAAUAUGUUUGAGAUAAGACAAACGUGAUUUUGGUUUUUACAUCCAUAAGUUCACCGUAUUUUGUAACAUUGUAACGAUUUGAUAAUUUCGCACUCUAGACAAAACUCGCGGCAUUUAGAACCUACUUUAACUAAGUCUGAACGUGCCUCAUUAUGAUAAAUUUCAAAGAGAGUUGGUAGACACAGACCUACUGCAGUGUUUUUAGUAUUGUAUUUUCGUUAAAAAUAUUCAUAUUUAGUAGACAAGCUUAAACGGAAAAUUUUACCUUCUAAGAUAUGCAUUAAGAGAGAAAUACUUCAUUUUUAAUAUUUUGUGCUAGUAUUUAUGCUGUCACGUUUCGAAUAAACGAAUGUUUGGCCAAUAAGUGAGGCGGAUGGACCGCAGUUAGGUUCAUUCGUGAAGUGUUAUUUUUCAAAAUUGAAUAUUUACUUAGUCGAAUUGAUGUAGUGUAAUUGAAUUUCAAAAUUGAUGCUUAGUAGAGACAUUACAAGCGUUAAAGACGACAUAGUUGAGAUAUUUGUAUAUAAUUAUUGAUGCUGUCAGAUGAUCUACAGACAGUCUUUAAAGUUUGUAUCUAGCAUAUGUUUGUGACGAAUUGUUUAUUAUAAAUAAAAAUCAUAGUGCCUAUAUUUACACAUAAAA